CACGUCAUUGGUUAUGAUGUUAAAUGGUGACAUCUUAUUACAAGUUUUUGCCGCAUUGAGCGCCGAUUGACACAUACAAGUCUAAGUUUUGCAGAAAAUAUGGAAUCAUUGUACCAUCAAACUAAUAAAUUAGUACAGGAAACGCAGCAUCUUUUUUCGCAAUUGGAGCGAAAAUCAUCCAACGCGGAUUUACAAGAAGUAAAAGCGUCUAUAGAGAACAAAAUCAACCUUAUCAACAGUAAUUGUGAACGAUUGGAUGUGCUGUGCCUGAAGGGACCUGUGUCCCAGAGACAAAAUGCCAGAAUGCGAGUGGACCAGCUAAAAUAUGACAGCCGUCACCUCAGCGCUGCUUUAAAUUCAUGGUACAAUCGCGUGAUAAGACAACAAAGAGAGGAGGCUGAAAGAGAGGCUUUACUAACAAGACAAUUCACCUCCAACGAUCAUGUUGAUAUUCUAAUAGAUCAUACUGUACAACACAAUAACAAUUUACACAAUGCAGUUCAUGGCAUAGAUGAUUUGUUGCAUCAGGGAGGCAGUGUUCUAGAUAAUCUAAGAUCUCAGAGAAUAACAUUGAAAGGAGCACACAAACGCUUAAUAGAUAUCGGCAACACCUUAGGUCUCUCUAAUACCACUAUGAGGCUAAUAGAGCAAAGAGCUCGGCAGGAUGGUUUUAUUUUAAUUGCUGGUAUGACAGUUACAUGUCUAAUCAUUAUUUUGGUAAUACUCUAUCUUAGAUGAGCACAUUCCAAAAAGUUAUAGGAUAUAAUCUUGAUAAUUAUGCACUAUAAUUAUUAAUUAUAAUUGUAUUGUUUACAUGUAUACUUGCAUUGAUAUUUUUCAUUUAUAUAAUUUACAGUUAUUUUCAUUGUUUACAAAGAUACCACAAAUUUUGUGAUCUAUUGAUAUAAAAGUUCAUAUAUGUAAAUAUAUACCAGAA